ACCGGAAGGGGCGUGACUUCGCCACUCCAAGGAACAAGAGAAAAAAAUCAAUACAUCUUAAUACAAAUAAUUCAACACACACAUCAUCUUUGAAAACAACUGGAGAAUACAAUUAAAACAAACAGUGUCAGAGAUCCGUUGAACACCAUCUCUGACACCAGUUCAACGAUGGUCUGGUGAGGACUGCAGAGGACCCUUAUCUGCCAUAGCAUCAACGUUAGCUCUGCUAGUCUUGCAGGCGUUGCUGAGUUGUUUUCGGUUCAAACUCAACAACUACAGAUAUCUACAUUGGUUGGUGUGAACACGACCGUUUUCCACCGUUUUCCACUUUGCCGAAUCCAGCUCGAAAUGACGGGGGCGGUGGCGGCUCCACAGAAAGCUUCGUGCACCAGGAAGAAAAACGAGAGGAAAUCUGCAAUCAAAGAGGAGUACAGGCAGCUUUCUAGCAUGCUGGGAGUUAUGAACAACCUGAGAAAGCAGGGUACCCUCUGUGAUGUGAUCCUGGUCGUUCAGGGAAAACAUUUCCAUGCUCAUAGAGUUGUGCUUGCUGCUGCCAGCCACUACUUCAACCUCAUGUUCACCACCUUCAACUAUUGGCUCCAUGGCCCUGACGGAAGCCAGCAUGCUCGAGUCCCUGUCCAAAGAGGUGGAGCUGCGCAGCGCAGAGCCGGAGAUCAUUGAGAUGCUGGUGGAGUUUGUCUACACAGCCCGGAUCUCUGUAAACAGCAGUAACGUCCAGUCCCUGCUGGAUGCAGCCAACCAGUACCAGAUUGAGCCGGUGAAGAAGAUGUGUAUAGAGUUCCUCAAAGGACAGGUCGACGCCACAAACUGCUUAGGUAUCUCUGCCCUAGCGGAGUGCAUGGACUGCCCCGACCUGAAGGGGGCGGCGGAGGACUUUGUGCAGAUCCACUUCACGGAGGUCUACAAGCUGGACGAGUUCCUGCAGCUGGACGUGGCGCAGCUCACCCACCUGCUGCAUCAGGACCAGCUCACCGUGCGCGCCGAGGCGCAGAUCUACGACGCGGCGAUGCGCUGGCUGAAGUACGACGCGUGCAACAGGCAGCGUCACAUGGUGGAGGUGCUGGGCUGCGUGCGCUUCCCGCUCGUCUCCAAGACCUUCCUGUCCAAGACGGUGCAGGCGGAGCCGCUCAUCCAGGACAACCCUCAGUGCCUGAAGAUGGUCAUCGGCGGGAUGCGCUACCACCUGCUGUCCCUGGAGGACCGGGAGGACCUGGGGGAGAGCAGCCGGUCGCGGCGCAAGAAACACGACUACCGCAUUGCCCUGUUCGGGGGCUCGCAGCCGCAGUCCUGCCGCUACUUCAACCCCAAGGACUCGAGCUGGACAGACAUACGGUGCCCGUUUGAGAAGCGCCGCGACGCCACGGUGGUGUUCUGGGACAACGUGGUCUACAUCCUGGGCGGCUCGCAGCUCUUCCCCAUCAAGAGGAUGGACUGCUACAACGUGCUGAAGGACAGCUGGUACUCCAAGCUGGGGCCGCCCACGUCACGGGACAGCCUGGCCGCCUGCGCCUCCCAGGGCAAGAUCUACACCUCUGGAGGCUCCGAAGUGGGCAGCUCGGCGCUGGACCUGUUUGAGUGCUACGACACGCGCACCGAGACGUGGAAGGUGAAGGCCAGCAUGCUGAGGGCGCGCUGCAGCCACGGCUCGGCCGAGGCCAGCGGCCUCAUCUACGUCUGCGGCGGCACCAUGGGCAACAACGUCUCGGGCCGUGUUCUCAACAACUGCGAGGUUUACGACCCCAGCACGCAGCAAUGGAGGGAGCUGUGUGGGAUGAGAGAGUCCAGGAAGAACCACGGCCUGGUGGUGGUCAACCACCGCCUCUACGCCAUCGGAGGCCAGGGAGCCACGGGCGGGCUGGACUCGGUGGAGUACUACGACAUCGCCAGCAACGAGUGGUGCGCCGCCGCGCCCAUGCCCUGGCGGGGUCUGACGGUCAAGUGCGCGGCGGUGGGCGACAUCAUCUACGUCCUGGCGGGCUUCCAAGGGGUGGGGCGGCUCGGGCACGUCCUGGAGUACCACACCGAGAGCGACAGGUGGGUGACGUACACCACGGUGCGGGCGUUCCCCGUCACCAGCUGCCUCAUCUGCGUGGUGGACACGUGCGGAGUGAACGAAGAAGAGGACAUGGACCUCGUAGACUCCCAGACCCACGCUGGUGCCAAGGCCCCCGCUCCCCCGGCAGCAUCGUCCUCGUUCUCAUCCGAGGAGAGGACGCCCAACCCCGGGGCCACUCCUGCACUACGUUAGCGAUACCUUUUUUCAAGCAUGAUUUGGAUUAAUGUUGUUUUCCAGAGUGUGUCAGUUAGUGAAUCACGGUGGUGUGGUGUCAGGGUACUGAGGGGUGCGGCUUCGCCUUUAUGAUCCUUGUUUUAACUCACAUGAGGGAAGUACUUUGGAAACUUGUAAAUCGUUAUUUUAAGUAGUUUUUUUUAUUUUUGGACUGAUGAAACUGAAUUAGGCAUUACAUUUUCCUUUUUGCUUAUAACUUUAUUGGUAUUGAGAGUCUAUACAUAUAAUCGUCGUCAGGAUUCAUUGUAAGGCUUGCGGAACAUUAUAUUUUCAUGGUUUUACGUUUUUUUUUGGUUAUUUGGCAGUGUAUUCAAAGUGCAUUCCUACACCCUCCUAACCAAAACUGGAGGGAGGGAUGGUGUGAUGGAGACCUGUUUAACAGAUUGCUGCACAAUAGAUUUUUUUAAUUAAAAACAUUAAAGAUACAAACAAUGAA